AGGUUGUAGACAUCACCUAUUGAUGAUACCGAUGAUAAAACCAGAGAUUUUCUAAUUGAUUUUAUUAUCAUGGUUGCCGGCACGUGCGUUUGUCGUAUUGUGUCACUUGUGUUCCGCCGUCAUUCGAUUUACAUUGAAUAUGCCAGCUGCUACCGAAGAGAGAGAUAAAUUUGAUUCAGAAACUCCACUCGAGACAAAUGGACUAGAAUAUAGUAUAAGAGAUGUCUGGGCUCAUAAUUUAGAGGAGGAAUUUGCAUCAAUACGAAAAAUUUUACCAAGAUAUUGUUAUGUGGCAAUGGAUACUGAAUUUCCCGGUGUUGUGGCACGGCCAAUUGGAGAAUUUAAGACUACUGCCGAUUACUUGUAUCAACUAUUACGAUGUAAUGUCGAUCUCCUAAGAAUUAUUCAGCUUGGGUUAUCGUUUUUCGACGAAGAAGGCAAAACCCCUACUGACCAAUGCACAACGUGGCAGUUCAAUUUUAAAUUUAACCUUUCUGAAGACAUGUAUGCUCAAGACAGUAUAGAACUGUUAACCAAUUCCAGAAUACAAUUCAAAAAACAUGAAGAGUAUGGGAUAGAACCCAUAGUUUUUGCUGAAUGUAUCAUAACAUCUGGCUUAGUAUUAAUGGAUAAUAUUAAAUGGAUGACAUUUCACAGUAGUUUUGACUUUGGCUAUUUAGUCAAAGUUUUAACUGAUGAAAAACUACCUCAAGAAGAAUCCGAAUUUUUUGAUUUGUUUUCCCUUUAUUUUCCUUGUGUUUAUGAUAUAAAAUACUUGAUGAAAAGUUGUAAAAACUUGAAAGGUGGACUACAAGAAGUAGCUGAUCAGUUGGAGUUAAAACGAAUCGGUCCACAACACCAGGCUGGAAGUGAUUCUUUGCUUACUGGUAUGGCUUUUUUUAAAAUAAGAGAUAUGUAUUUUGAAGGGAUGAUUGAUAGUAAAAAAUACUGUGGCCAUUUAUAUGGUUUAGGUAUUACUACUCUUAACAAUGGUCAAAUUCGAUAUGAAGGACCACUUUGAUAAACAAAAUACAAAGUUUAUAUCUCAAAUCUAUUUAUCCCUUUUAAUUUAUUUAUUUUUUAUUAAAUUUUAUUCACCAACUGUGGAUAAAAUUAAAUAAUUGUAGAGUUAAUAAAUUUAGAUGUAUAUGAAGAACAAAAUUAAAAGAAAAAAAUGUUUAUGCUUACUUUUUGUGUACUUUUUUCCUUUUCUG